AUGUUCGGACGUCGACGAAGACCAAUUCUCGGCGCUGCUGUCGUUGUCGGCGCAUCUAGAGCAGCUGCCAAGCGCGAAGUUCGGAAGCAAGAAAUCUUGGCCACUGAGCGUGAUCAAGAGAUACAAAGAGAGGUCGAGCUCCGAAAAUACCAAGAUGAACAACAAGAACUACGCGCACAGCGUGCCGUCGACGAAGCAAUAAAGAAGGCUGGACUACAGGAGCAAGCUGCCCAACAGAAUGCUGCUGUGAUGCCGCUUCAACCACAGCAGCAGUAUAAUGCCGCUUAUCCAGUGAUGGAACCUCAGCCUCGAGAUAUGGGACUUUACAACUCCACUGGGCAGUCAAUGCAGGAAUGUAGGCCGGCACCAGAAUACUCACUAGCACCUCAGUUCGUUGACGAGAGACCUCGAAAGUCUCCAGUGCCACGCCAAACUCCAGAUUCGAGGGUUCAAUACUGUACUCAGUGCGGCCAGACUUGCCAAGAAGCAGACAGAUUUUGUCGCCAGUGCGCAGUUGUGACGAACGAGGUUUAA